AUGCUCUCCUCGUGUCGAUCAAUUGCGUCCAGGCGCGUCCUGUCGGCGCGUACUACGCCGAUUGCCACAUGGCGGCUGUCAGGUAGCAAAUGUCUGGUUGCGACGCGAAGCCAAAGCAUAUACAAGAGGACCUUCUAUUCAAGCGCAGAGAAGCCGACCAACGAAUCUGCAGAUGUAGUCCAAGCUACAAAACACACCCUCGACACAUUCGCCCGCCGACAUGUCGGUCCGUCCUCCGAGUCCGAGCAGAAAAUGCUCAGAGCUCUAGACCCUCCAGUCGAGUCGCUAGACGAGUUCAUCAAGCAGGUCAUACCACCAAGUGUACUCUCGUCUAGGAAUAUAGAAGUUGGAACCUCGGGUAAAGACGCACUGCCAGCUCCGUUGACCGAGGAGAGCGCAAAGAACGUGCUGAUAGAUUUGGCGAACGAAAACCAGGUAUUUCGCAGCCUGAUAGGGUGUGGCUAUGCAGGAACCAUUGUUCCGGAGGUCAUCAAGAGAAACGUACUGGAGGGACCUGGUUGGUAUACGAGCUAUACCCCAUACCAGCCCGAGAUCAGCCAGGGCCGCUUGGAAUCCCUCCUAAAUUUCCAGACCAUGGUAUCUGAUUUGACGGGACUUGCAAUCUCGAAUGCGUCAGUCCUAGAUGAGCCCACUGCUGCAGCUGAGGCUAUGACGCUUGCGGUGAACUCUCUGCCCCCGAAGAGGCAGAGGAGGCCUACAAAGGUAUUCUUCGUCUCGCAUCGGUGCCACCCGCAAACCAUUGCCGUGCUUGAAUCUCGCGCUGAGGGCUUUGGAAUCACGAUCAAGGUCGGUGACAUCCUUGAGAAUGGCGGCAAGAGCAUAGACGAUAUUGGCGAGGAUCUUAUUGGUGUCAUGGCGCAGUAUCCGGAUACUGAAGGUGGUGUAGAUGACUUUAAGAACAUCGCCGAUAAGGUGCACAAGCUGGACGGAACGUUCUGUGUAGGAACGGAUUUGUUGGCUUUGACUAUGCUCACACCUCCUGGCGAAUUUGGAGCGGAUGUCGCCUUCGGUAAUGCGCAGCGUUUUGGGGUGCCCCUAGGAUAUGGCGGGCCGCACGCAGCAUUCUUUGCCUGUAAUGAGAAGAACAAGAGAAAAAUUCCUGGUCGACUUGUUGGCCUGUCAAAGGACAGACUUGGUAACAGCGCUGUGCGUCUUGCUCUUCAGACACGAGAGCAGCACAUCCGAAGAGAAAAAGCCACGAGUAACAUAUGUACCGCCCAGGCACUACUGGCUAAUAUGAAUGCUUUCUACGCAAUCUACCAUGGUCCGAAGGGACUACGAGCCAUUGCUGAACGCGUACGGUCUUUAGCAAGGCUUCUUCAGGAAGGUCUCAUUGGGGCUGGAUUCAAGACUGGCAGGCGCGGACAAUUGGACAACAAGCCCGUGGCAUUCGACACCGUUGUUUUUGAGAGUGGAAGCCAGACCAAGGACGUUUUGCAGAGGUUGAACAAGGCUAGAUACAAUGUACGCACUUUCGACGAGAGCCACCUUGGGAUUACUGUAGACGAGGCCGUCACAUACCAGACCGUACAGCACCUUCUAAAAACGAUAACCGGAAAAGACGUAGGCGAGCAGAGUGGUGUAAAAUCAUUUGCUUCCGAAGUACCCAAGCAUUUUCAACGAACGUCCGAAUACUUGACGCACCCAGUGUUCAACAGCCAUCACUCGGAGACGGAACUCCUUCGUUACAUUCAUCACCUGCAAUCCAAGGACUUGUCUCUCGUUCACUCUAUGAUUCCACUAGGCUCCUGUACAAUGAAGCUGAACGCGUCUACAGAGAUGGCACCUGUUAGUCUGCCAGGAUUCUCCUCAAUCCACCCGUUCGCUCCAGUCGAGCAGGCUCAAGGCUAUAAGAAGUUGAUUGAAGAGCUAGAGGCAGAUCUGGCACACAUUACCGGCUUCGACGCUGUAUCGCUGCAGCCAAAUUCAGGAGCCCAAGGAGAAUUCCUCGGACUACGUCUCAUUCGCAAGUACCUCGAGCAGCAACCUGGAAAGAAGCGCGACAUCUGUCUUAUUCCCAUAUCCGCACACGGAACCAACCCAGCCAGUGCAACCAUGUGCGGUAUGAGAGUGGUGCCACUGAAGUGUGAUCCCGUGACCGGUAAUCUGGAUAUGGCUGACCUGGAGGCAAAGUGCAAGAAGCACAGCGAAGAGCUCGGCGCAAUCAUGGUUACAUAUCCCAGCACUUUCGGUGUGUUCGAGCCGAAGAUCAAAGAGGUCUGCGAGAUGGUGCACCAAUACGGAGGGCAGGUCUACAUGGACGGAGCGAACAUGAACGCUCAGAUUGGACUCUGCUCUCCAGGUGAGAUUGGUGCUGAUGUCUGCCACCUUAACUUGCACAAGACCUUUUGUAUCCCUCACGGCGGUGGUGGUCCAGGUGUCGGCCCAGUUGGUGUCAAAAACCAUCUUGCACCGUUCCUGCCCGGCCAUCCUCUCGUCAAGACUGGUGGCGAGAAGGCCAUCGCACCAAUCAGUGGUGCGCCAUGGGGAAGUGCCAGCAUUCUCCCUAUCAGCUGGGCGUAUAUCAAGAUGAUGGGUGGAGUUGGCUUGACCCACGCUACGAAGAUAACCCUGUUGAAUGCCAACUACAUUUUGUCUCGACUUAAGCCCUACUACCCAAUCCUUUACACUAACCAAGAAGGACGAUGCGCGCACGAGUUCAUCUUGGACGUGCGUAAGUUCAAGGAAUCCGCUGGCAUCGAGGCUAUCGACAUCGCCAAACGCUUGCAAGACUAUGGUUUCCACGCACCGACCAUGUCGUGGCCUGUUGCAAACACACUCAUGAUCGAGCCUACCGAGUCCGAGAGCAAGGCAGAGCUUGACCGCUUCUGUGAUGCACUGAUCUCCAUCCGUAAGGAGAUUGAGGCAGUAGAAAAGGGAGAGCAACCAAAAGACAUCAAUGUUCUCAAAAUGGCCCCUCAUACCAUGAGAGACUUACUCCAAAGCGAUUGGAACAGAUCAUAUGAUCGAGAAGCCGCCGCAUAUCCCCUACCAUAUCUAAAAGAGAAGAAAUUCUGGCCGUCCGUAGCGCGCUUAGACGAUGCAUACGGCGAUACCAACCUCUUUUGCACGUGCGCGCCCGUUGACGGCGGCGAAGAGAUCACUGGCAUGGAAGCUCCUCAGCCGACAUAA